UUCAAUGCACAGCCGCAGUGAUAUCAUUUACAGCAUGGCUGCGUUUAAUUUCACAAGGUGUUUAGUAAGGUCUUACUUUUGCGUAAAAUGUAUAGAUCAUGUGCAAACACGUUUGCAGACAACUACCCGAUUGUUCUGUGUAUCAGCAUCACGCAGUAAUUCCGUGGAUGUACCUAAAGCCCAGUUUACAGAUACAGAGGUUCAAGACAUUCUGUCCAAAAUCACAGGUCUGGACCUGAAGAAAGUGUUCCGACCCUUAAGACAGCAUCUAACACCACCUAAAUACAAGCUUAUGACAGAUGCGGAAUUAGAAGAGGCAGUCUGUAAAGCAGAGGAAGAUGCAAAACAUUUGCUGAAGAUGCCACCGGUCCUGCCAGAGAGGAAGCCCAUAAAUGAUGUGCUCUCUGAAGAUCAGAUACUAGAAGGCAUGGACACUGCUAAAUAUGUAUUCACCGACAUCAACUUUAACAUCCCGCAUCGAGAAAGAUUCAUUGUUGUUAGAGAGCCCAGUGGAACCCUGAGAAAAGCAACAUGGGAGGAAAGAGAUAGGCUAAUACAAGUUUAUUUUCCCAAAGAGGGUCGUAAGAUUACACCACCACCCAUAUUUAAUGAAGAAAACCUUAGGGUGGUUUUUAAACAGGAUAGACAUGAGGAUGUGCUAAACAGGUGCAUUGUCCAAUUCGAGCCAGACUGUGCCGAAUUUAAGAAGGUGCUCAUGCUGACCUAUGAAGACAUUGAAAAGCAAAGGAAAUACGAUCUGCUCAGGUCCACACGGUUCUUCGGUGGUUUGGCCUGGCAUCUGGUUAAUGGUCGGCGAAUUGAUAACCUUCUUGUGGACAUGUUGCAGAGAGACCUAAUGCAGGAUGCAGUGAGCUUGGUACGUCUAUUCAACUUGGUUCAUCCUCAGAGUGAGUGUGCACAGCACGCUCGAAGACAAGAGGCCACUCACCUGGACCUGCUCAAGAUCUAUGCCCAGUAUGAGUCAAACAGAGCUGGAUUCAUCGAGUUGGCAGUGCAAACCUAUGAACAGACCCAAGUACUGAGCUCUCUUUAAAUACAUUGAGGGGUUAAAACAAUGGAAAAUAGACAAUUAUGAAUAAAAGCAUGUCACAUAGAUAAAAUGUUAAGUUUUGGAACCUGUACUAAUUCUGUACAUAAUAAAGAAAACUUUUGUAUGAAA